AAAUGAACAAUGUAGAGUCGUUGGCACAGCUUUUACUCCAGGUUGAGGUCGUGAAGGCGUUGAAGUAGCUCAGCGUCCUGUCGCCCUUCGGCCGGCUGAGAAGUAACAGUAAGGCUUUGGAAAAUGUUCGUUCUAGGACGAUUGUUGCGUAGAUAGUAGCACUUCACACUGGUCAUGGCCGCGAACGACUACUACUAGAAAUACACCAGCAGAGGUGCGAGAUAGCCCCUGGCGUUCUGAUUGUUACUGCUGGGGCAUUGUCGGACAUGUAGUGUCCACAGACAGUACUACUAGUAUGUACUAGAGCACUUCAAUUGUGGAAAAUAAUUGUUUGUCUCAGAAACAUUGUCGUGAUUUGUUAGGUUUCUCUAAUUCCAGUUGGUUGAUCUGAUACAUAGCCUGUAGCAAUGCCCGAGCGAUCCACAACCAGCACACUGAAUGUGCCUGUGGACAAACUGCUCGAAGAUGCGGAAGAGACGGGUCAUCUUCAUCUGGCCGGUAGAAAGAUAUCGAUCUUUCCUCCAACUGCGUCCAGCUUCGAUCUUUCGGACGUGAUAGAAAUGGACUUGUCAGAAAAUCGAUUUGUGGAACUACCGGAGUUGACAAACUGCAUGUUUUCCCUGGAGAGACUGGUCUGCUACAACAAUGUACUACGGACGAUUCCGAAUUUGAACAACCUAACGUCCCUAGUCCAUCUUGAUCUAAGCCGUAAUCAUAUAUCUGAACUACCGUUGCACAUAUGGAGGUUACCACUCAAGACGCUCAACAUUAGCCACAAUCGAUUGUACGCGCUGCCAGAGGAAAUGAGUGAUCUUUCGUCAUUGAUGGAUCUGGAUGCGAGCGGCAAUGAAAUAGCGCUGCUUCCAGACAGCAUUGGUCAGCUGAUCAAUCUUCGAGACCUGAAUGUCCGUCGCAACCACCUUACUGAGCUUCCUGAAACAUUGACCGCCAUGAAGCUGGUACGUCUGGACAUCUCCGUGAAUCGUGUCAGUCAGCUGCCGCUGUCCAUGAUAAAGAUGAUGUCGCUCAUGACUCUCAUCCUUCACGACAACCCUCUCGUGCUUCCACCGACCAGUAUAUGCAUUCGUGGCCGAGUUCACAUUUUCAAGUACCUCAAGGAGGAGCUGGAUAGGGUGAACGGCAAGGAUGACGGGUUAAGGCGACUUGCUAAGCGUGACAGCAGAGCCAUGCGGAAUCGCAACCGAGAUUCCAAAGGAGCAAGCACUGCCCGAGGUCACAAUCCAUCACCACGUGCCAGCCGCUCGCUGGAGGAAGAAGUGGCCAGCGUUGCCAACAAGCAUGGGUUGAGCUGGGGAUCCAAUGCCAAGCCCGGGGCAGCUUCUCAGACUGGUGUAGCACCCACCGCCGGUACAAGUAGAGGUAGCAUAACAAUUACCAAGGCGCCAGAGAGACCCAGACCUCCAGUAUCGCACGACUAUGCUGUGCUUGAACCGCUACCGGUUGACGCUCCGGGACUGAACGGCGAAGCCGACGACGCCACACCGACCUCCUCACCGACGACUGAUCGCCGCUCGGCCUCUCCAAUCGCCGCGCCAACGCUGUCCCCCAUUGCCGUGGAGAAGAAGCCUGUUACCACCACCACCACCAGCAGCAGCAGCAGUGCAACAUCCGCAACUACCACUGCGAGUAGCAGCAGCACAACCCCGGCAACCACCACUAGCACAGCCACAGCAUCAACAGCAACCAAGCCAACAAAGACUGCAGGUAGCUCAAGUCCUCGGGGCGCCGUCAAAUCAACAAAACCCCUAUCCACGGGCGCGCCGAAGACGACGGGAAAGUCCCCAGUCCUUGCCAAUCGUCCCGGUACAUCAAAGGCCAGUCCAAGUACGGGACGUGUGGGAGCAUCCACUGGAAUAAAGCGACCAUCGACUACAUCAUCGACAACUGGUACGAAAUCAACACGACCUACCACCAGCACAACCACUACAACCGCAACGAAGAAAUCGCCGCAAGUGGCGAAGGCGACUGGAACUUCAAAGUCGAGUUCGCCGAAAAUUGCUCGUCCAUCCACCGCCACGUCCUCCGCUACAUCUCGUCCUGCAGCUGGCAAACCUUCUGCUGCUGUCAAGCCGUCCGCACAAGAGAUCUCCGCAAAGAUGACCACCAAGAAGCGACUGGAAAUGGAGUGGCUAGAAAAACAAAAGGAAGAGGAGAGACGCGCUCGCAAACGCCAGGAAGAACUUGUUAGCAGGAGAAAGCAACAAGAGCAAGACCAGGCGAAAAGAAAUAGAGCGUCUGCCCGGAAACUGCAGGAUCGAGUGCACCAGCGGAGCAGUGUAACCGAUGUACCGGAUGGUGGACCGGCAGCAGGUGCCCCGUCAGGCGCUAGCUCGGCACGUCUGUCUACAACAGUGGACAUUGAGCAGCAGAAGGAGGAGCGGCAGCGACGCGAGGAGAUGAUGGCCGCCGCAGAAGCCAGCCGCGAAAACUGGAGAAGACGCGAGAAGGGUGAUGCACCUGCUGGCCAGAAGUCGUCCGGCGACGAUUCCAAGCGUAGCUCGAUUGCUUCGAUCAGCUCGAUCACCAGCGAUGGAGCGUUUCCCGAGAGUUCCAGCGAAUCGUCCUCGCCCCGGGUGGCACGGGCAGCCGCAGGCCGUCGCUCAAGGCCUCCGUCAAGCUCCUCCACUGGGUCUGGUGAGUCCACGUCGUCUUUCAACAAGGAGCGCCAGUUCACUGUGCGCCGAGCUGAGAGAGACAGUCGACGAGACAAUGACAAUCUGCAGAACAUCAGAAAGCUGGUGGAGAGUGUGCUGAAAGUGGAGUUACCGGAGGAUUUGUCCGAAGCGCUGAGCGACGGCGUCAUUCUCUGCCGCCUGGUCAACCAACUGAGAGCGAACACCAUCGGUGUGGUCUUUGAGCCGCCGCACAGGGCUCGUGGUGGUGGUGAAGAAGUCAAGUUGUCAAUGUUGAAGUCGGUGAAGAAUGUCGACUCGUUCAUCAUCGGAUGCAAGAAGCUGGGUCUGGACACGGGCCUAGUGUGCUCCCCGGCCGAUAUCCUGGAAAUGAAGGAUCCCUUUCACGUCUAUAUCACGGUGCGGGCGCUCAUCAAUCAGUGCUCGGAUACUCACACGCAAGAGGUGUUCAACGUCUAGAGGCUCUCUCUCUCUCUCUCUCUCUCUCUCUCUCUCUCUGUGGGUUGUUUCAGGAUGCUAGGGUUUUCGGACACUCACACACAAGAGGUGUUCAACGUCUAGAGGCUCUGUGUCUCUGUAUGGGUUGUUUCUGGAUGCUAGGGUUUUACAUUAGUUGACCUUAAUCAAGUCAGUAUGAACUGGCUUGGUAUUGUCAUUGGGAUCGAUGAGAUUGGUGAUAUUCACUGAAGAUGAGAUUGGUGAUAUUCACUGAAGCACUACUAGUCAUAUAGCAGUAGCCCUCGGACGUGUUUUCUGGCUAACAUAGGUAUUUACACAGUCGCUUUCACAAACACUCUCUGUGCCCCUCUGUGUCUUUCCGUGUGUCUUUGCGUCUGUGCAUCUGUGCGUCUGUGUCUGUGCAUCUGUGCGUCUGUCUGUACCUACAUGUACCUGCCCCCCCCCCUCUCUCUCUCUCUCUCUCUCUCUCUCUCAGACACAUGCACACGCACUCCACACUUUCAUUCGUGUGCGCACAUGCACACACCCAGAGGCACUUCCCCAGCCAUGCGAGUACACGAUCUGUCCACGUGACUUGCUGUGUGAGCACGAUGCAUAAUUAUACACACGUUCACACAUGCGCAAGUACUCUGCUGGAGUGUACAGAUGUUGGCUCACACAUGACGAUUUGCCUUCAGAAACAAAUUUUAUAAUUUUUAUUGUCUUGACUGGAUAUCCAUCAAUUAUUAUUGUUUAUGCUAGGUUAGUCUAUGCAGCAUGGCUGCUGCCCUUUUAUAAAUGUGCCAAAUUUCCACUGGCCAUAUGCAGCUGUACAGAGCAGCCUCGUCUUUUCCAAGCCGCUCAUUGUGCAGUUCAAUUUAUGAGAUGCCAAUUCAUCUUUUCUUCAGUCUAGUGCAGAUGCCAGCCAUCAAUGUAUUUCAUUUUACAAUUGUAGUUCAGUUUAUUCUAGGCUUCUGUUUUUAGCCACGGUCUUUUGUUUUGCUAGUUGAAUGGCAAGCAUCAUUUGCACACCACCCCCCCCCCCCCCCAUUUGUUGACUCACCAAGAUAGUUGAGCGUGCCUCGAAGAUGGCAA